UGUCGCUUGCAGGUACCCGUAGAUCACAUAUAUAUAAAAAAGUGUUUAAAUGGCCUAGAAGUCGCGUAUAAAUAGUUCAAUUAUUUCCUUGGUGAAUUUCCUUUUUUAGGAGAUAAUUUUCCACAUAAAAAGAGCGUUUGGUUGUUGCUUUGGCGCUUGGUUUUGUAACGGUCGGUUCUGUGCAUAGUUUGAACAACAAAAGGUUGCCGAAUUUUUCUUAUAAAACUGUAUAUUUGUUUUUUAAGAGCAAUUCCAAGUGAUGUCGAACGUUCCAAAGGCUGAUCUACCUACAGAAGGGGAUACUUUUGUGCCGCAAAGAUCUAAUACUUCGAAUUCUAGCAUUUUCUCAAACGAAAAUGAAAAAGUCAAAGUAAUUCAUGAAACGAAUGAUGGAAAACAUGAGCAGACAGAUGGGUUUUCUUCAGACGCCGACAGCGACGAGGCGCUGAUAAGAAGUAUGGGCUAUAAGCCAGUGCUUCACCGGACUUUUAAGUUUUUUGAAAGCUUUGCCGCUAGUUUUGCUGCCAUGGAUGUCGUUAGUGGAGUUCGUCUAACAUUCAGUUAUGGUGUCACGUUUGGUGGACCAGCUGCAUACUGGGUGAGUAUGCUAAUCACCGGCGUGUGCUCUACAAUUACCGCUGCUUCGUUAGCAGAGUUUUGCUCUGCUCUGCCUACAUCUGGUUCAGUUUACCUUUGGGCCGCUGAAGCAGGAGGACCAAAGCUUGGGCGGUUUUUCAGCUUCCUCGUUGCUUGGUGGUCGACGACUGCAUGGACAACAUUUGUUGCUUCAACGGCUCAGUCUUGUGUGAACUUUAUAUUUGGCGAAGUUAGUACUUUCGGAAACAAUUGGUCGACCGAUGAUUCGAACGUGAAAUUUCGUGCAGUGCAAUGGAUAGUUGCUGAGGUUGUUUUGGUAUUCGUCAUUCUUCUCAACCAGGUUCCGCCACGGUACUAUAAGUGGAUUUUCAAACUUUCUAUGAUUCUCAUUUUUGUCGAUUAUAUUCUGAAUCUAGUCUGGCUUCCCAUCGCUACCUCCAAAAAAAGCCAUGGAUUCCAGUCUGCCAAGUGGGUAUUUACAGAAACAAUAUACGAUCAAGCUGGAUAUAGCAAGGAAGUUUAUGAUUCAAAUGGAAAUGUCGACACCAAUUUGUCUAAGCUAGUUCCUAAAGGCUGGCAAUGGUGUCUAGCUUAUUUUGCAUCUGCCGGUGUUAUUGUUGGCUAUGAUGCUUCAGGACACAUUGCUGAAGAAACCAAGGAUGCUUCAAAUAAAGCUGCUAGAGGAAUUUUCUUUUCCGCCCUUACAUCUUCCGUCGUUGCUUUUAGUCUUACCAUCCUCUUUUUGUUCUGCUGCCCUCCGUUGGAUACCUUCAACAACAUUAUGUACAAUACCGCUUCACCUCAACCAUUUGUCAACUUUUACUCCUAUGUAUUGGGACGUGGUGGUCAUGUCGUUAUGAAUGUGAUUAUUAUCUUUGAAUUGUUCUUAAAUGCUGUAAUUGGUGUCUUGGCUUGUAGUCGUUUGGUUUUCGGUGUCGCUCGGGAUGGCGUCUUGCCUUUUUCAGGUUGGAUAAGCCAGGUUAGUAAAGGAGGACAACCGAAAAAUGCUAUUACUGUGAUUUUCAUUGUUUCGGCUUUGCUUCUUUGUACCAUCUUGCCCAGUUCCGUUGCAUUCUCUUCCCUUGUUUCCGCUGCUGGUGCACCUAGCUUUGCUUGCUAUGCUCUUUUAGCUUUUGGUCGCCUGUUCAUUACCCGUGAUAAAUUUCCAAAAGGCAAGUGGUCUUUAGGAGUCUUUAGCAAACCUUUCAUGGUGGUUUCACUUCUUUAUAAUACGUUUGUAUUCAUUAUCAACAUUUCCCCUUAUUCUUAUCCUGUCACUGGUUCUAACUUUAAUUAUGCCAUUGUCAUUACCGGAGCCGUCUCUAUAUUUGCAGUUAUAUGCACUCUAGUAAUUCCACGUUCUCGAUGGAUUGCUAAUCGCUAUCGAUAUGAUCCAAAUUUUUCUUCAAACAAAAUUAAAAAUUAAUUGCUUACGUUCAACAGUUGAUGCAAAGUUUAUACCAAUGUUUAAUUUGUCUUCUUUAUAUUUCCUGUGGUAUCAAAGUGAAAGCAUGAGCUCUGAAGUUUGUGAACUUUGUUUGAUAUCUAAACAGUGUCUUAAAUUCUUCUUUUCCCUUUUUUUGGUGCUUAUGAUGAGUAAUAAAAUCCUUUUUUGGAAUUGCUAAUAGUUGUUUUUAAUAAAAAUUGGUUAUCAUUAUGAGAUAUUGGAGACUUGG